GAGUUAGCGAAUUUUUUUGACGAAAUCUAAAUUUACAUUAAACAGAUACUCCGUCCAUGGAAAUAAGCCUAUAUUUACAACGUUAAUGCUGAAGCACAUUCUUUUAUGAUUAAAAAUGUCACAGAUCUUAUUAUGAUAGAUGUUCAAUGCCGUGCUCUGUUCUCCUGAUCCUGUGAUAAGUAGCUACAAAAUAUUCCGCAUUUCACUGCAUGUGCAAAACCUUGAUAUCAAGCGAGGACGUCGCUAAUAUAUCGCGUUUAUGGAUGCGGAUGAAGUGAAGGAGAGCAGCCCGGGGGCUGAUUUAUGGAGGCUGAUCGGCCCGGCCGACGAGCUUUCUGGGAAAAGGUGCCGCCUGAUAUAUUCGUCUCUCGGCGGCCACUCGGAUAUUUGUCUUUUCCAUGUGAAAGGCGAGUUUUUCGCGAUGGAUGCCCGCUGCGCGCACUCGGUGAUCAGUGUAAAACUUCUGUCUGUUCUGAUCAUGCUUGGUCACGCAAGUUUAAGGGGACCGUUGUGUGACGGUGAUAUAGAGGAUGCUGAUGGUAUUCUACGGGUUUACUGUCCCUGGCAUGAUUAUGACUUUAAUAUUCGUACUGGGACGUCACAGACUGGAUUGCAGCAACAGGUGCACCAUGUCAAAGUGGAGGACGGCAUGGUGUACGUGCAGCACCCGGCCUUACUCUCCCUGCAGAGCUUCUCACCAGGCAGGAAGAGCUGACAUCCAAACCGGAAUCCCUGCACGCUGUGCUUGGAGAUGGAGUCGUGCAUCUGCUCAAAUCUGAACUGUUUCGUAAGAUUAGUAAAUUCUGUCUGAGGCGAUUCUGUCAUUACCUGUGACCCCCCCCCCCCCCCCACAAGCCUUUUCCACUUGAAUCUGCCCAUGUGACUCAUGCUUUUACCAUGGCGAUUGUCUGACGGGGAAAUGACCUCAUCCUCACCAUUACCCCCCACCCCCCCCACUCCAGUCUAUAAAUGUCCAGGCAUUAGUUGCCCAUGGCAACAAACAGAAGAUUAGGUUCACGGUUUGGUCUUCUAAUUGAUAAAAUGGUUGGGUACUCGGGGGAGGAAGGGGGCACGAAUGAGGUCUUGCUUUUUUACUACUUAGAGAAGCAGUAGUGAGUAAUGCUUUCCCCUGAAGCCAUUCAUUGUUUAAUCAGGGGAUUAGCACAUGCAGUGUGCAGUGUGCAGUGCUGUAGCGGAGAGUUCGAGAUUGAAGGGAAUGCAGCUUAAUAAUUUAAGUACAACAGUAUGUUUAUUGGGGGGAUAAAUGAAAGCAAAUUCAAUUUUGGAAGGGGGCAGCAGUUUAUGUAAUAAUAAUUGAAUUUUUUUAUAUGUUUUUUUGUCAUCCAUAUGUUGUGUUUUGGUGGCUUACACCAUUGUCCUCCAUAUAUAUAGAUAUAUAUAUAUAAGUAAAAUAUGUAUGUGUGUGUUUGUAUGUCUGUAAGUUUAGGGUGAACUACACUGUAGCAGUGUAAGAACUGAGGCAGCCGCAUCGCAGCCAUCCCAACACCGCGCUAAGUGAAAAAACAUCGCUGACGCACGUUGUUCAGUCGGACCGUGAGGUGGAACACUUCUCAACGACGUAGCCUUGAAGCGCCAUAAUUUAUAAAGUGCCGUUUGAGUAACAGCCGUGUUACUGUUGCAUGCUUUCUACCCCCAGAAAACUGGCAAAUGGUACAUCCUCUGUUAGUAAAUCUCACUUUGCCGUUUCCAUUCUGCCAACAGAAGCUCCCCUUUUCGCUCCCACCACCUACCGGACCCUGUUUUUGCUGGCAGCAUCCUCUGUAUGGAUAGGAUCUCUGCCCUGUUCAGUACCUCAUUAACCGAGGAGUAAUUCACUGUGAUGCUUCGCAUGUGAGUCUGUGUAUGCAGAUGAAUCGCCUGUUAUUGCUUUCGGUGAGUAUGGUCAGUGUUAAGGCUUGAACAUUGCUGACCUGGAUCUGUGAAAACAAAUUCCCCCAGCGGAUGGUGGCCGCUCAGUGUUACAGAUGACUAAUUUUGGAAAACUUAGGCGAUGUCACGCCUCAACAAUGCAUUACCUAAUGCUUGUCUGUUAUCUGUGAGUUCACGCCAUUCACUGAAAUGCAGUGCUGAGUCUGAGGUACUACUGAGUACGCGUACCGUUAAUUUAUGUUGUUUAUAUGAUAGAUGUCCUUCUGCACUGGUCUGUUUGUAAUGAUUGAUGCACCAAUGUCUGUUAUUUAUUACAGAUUGAAACUGUAAUACAUGUAUGCUUUGUCUAUGCACAUAUAGUACUGUGCAAAAGUCUUAGGCAGUCAAAGAAAAUGAUGUUUAAAUGAUCUUCAUGUUGGUGUAAAGCUAUGAUUUUACGCCUGUCAAAGUGUGUCAGCUCAGCCGUCUCAAAACCUCUGCUAAAAUCACCCCAGUACUUCCAGUGACUUUCCAAUAUACUCAUGUAUUUGUUGACUAAAUCACUACCCCACCUUGUUUGGCUAAUCAGUACCUCAUUAAUGUAUUUAACUAAAUAAGAUGAGUUCAUUUAUUAAUCGAGCCGAUGGAGAAGUUUAACGAAUACAUGGAACGGCCGAGGUGCCCCUGAGGAGAGGUUUGGGAAGUGCAGCGCUGUUCAUCUAGCCACCCAAGGAGAUAUCAGUGACCUUUUGGAGAACAGGAGACAUUCCUACAGAUUUUUUACCACGUUAACAUUAAUUAGUAUAUAUUAUAAUGUUAAGUUUUUUUUUACUGACCAAAUGUACACUUAUUAAACAGAAAAUUAAACAUUUCCUUUGACCGCCCAAGAUUGAGUAUUUAAUGGUACCUGGUGGAUUUUGUUGCAUUUACGGAAUGACACUGGAUUAUCUUUUAUCGAGUGUCAAAUAUAAAAAGUUUCACUUGCGCGUAAA